AGAGCACCUCGCUGGACCAAGGAGAAUUUGAUGUUUUGCUGUUUCACGACCCCUUUUUCCUUUUUUGGAGCUGGGCUUCAUGGCUGAUGAGAAGGAUGCCAAUGCAGGCGCCUGGACGAGGGUGCCGACCUGGGAUGGCUCGCCACAAACGUGGCGAAGCUUUCGCAAAGAGAUGUCCUGGUGGCUGGCUGGCUUGGACAUCCAAAGCGCGAAGAAAUACAACUUGGCCGCUCGCUGGCUCCUAAAACAAUCAGGAGUGGUCCGCCAGCGCGGAGAGGAGUUCGAUCCUCGCGACCUCGAGUAUGGGAAGGAGAUCAAGAUGCCGAAUGCCGAGACCGGCGAUGAUGAGGUUGUGAUGGAGGAAGAUCCUCUCAGCGGGAUCAACAAGCUGCUGACCGCCCUCGAGGAGAUGACUGGUCGGUCCUCUUUGGACAAAGGAGGAGAACUGAGGAAUGUCUUCUACCUUGAGCUGAAGCACAAGCUGUUCAAAGACCUUCAUGCGGCUGACCCUCUCUACCGCCGUUCCGGCGAUGCGGACCAGAAGACUCCUUUGUUGAGCCGGUUCCUGAACCAGCAAAGUGGUGCUAGCAGGGCUUCUUCCUAUGCUCCAUCAAUGACGAGCUCAGCGGCAAGGUCUAUGAGGUCAGGUUCCUCUACGGCUUCCUCCGGACGGAUGACGCCAAGCACUUCGUUCCGCCGGCCUUUUCAGAAGCAGGCCAUGGUGUCGGAGGUUGAGGAGGAGAUUCCGGCCACUGCUGAGGCCUAUGAAGUUGAUGGUGAUGAUGAGGAGGCCGAACAGCCUUCUUUGGAGGAGGAGAUUGAGGAGAGCGUUGAGGCUGCGGCUGAAGCUUUCCUGACCAUGAAGGUGAGUUUGAAGAAGCAGUCAGACAAGCGUCCCUGUUUUGAUUGCGGGCUUCCUGGUCAUUGGGCGGGGAUCCUGAGUGAUUUGAAGCCUGGCCAACAGCUUGGACGCAAGAAGAAGGUGGCUCCAAAGCAAGUGAAAGUUGCAGAGGCCACUAUGCAUUGCACCUCCUGCCGGACCGAUGGCCAGGGCGACUCCGAGCUCUACUACCGGAGAUGCUGGGCGGCGAGCCCUCAAGCACCGGACCGGCAACAAGAUGGUGAACCUGCCAAAAGCAAGUGGCCGACGGGCUGCAAGAAGCACCUGGACCUGGCCUACACCAUGGACAGGUUCGUCUACAAGAACUUGAACGAGUGCAGCCAUUGGAGAGAUCGGAUGGGUGCGCAGGCGGCCGAUGAGAACCAGUUAGAAGGCGAAGAGAAGACCUACCUCCAGUAA